AUGUCAGACGAAGAUUUAAACAAUGCAGGUUCAGGUGCUGAAGACAACGAACAAGAAGAGGGACUUACAAAGGAGGAAGAAGCCAAGUGCUGGGAAGCUUUCUCUGCCUUUGAUAAAGACUCUAGCGGUUACAUUGAUGCCAACGAGCUACGUAUUGUGUUAGAGAUGAUGGGGUAGAAAACCACUGAAGAGGAGAUUUUCAGAAUGAUUGCGGAGGCAGACGCCGAGAAUACUGGGCGCAUAACAUACGCCUAGUUCAAACGUGUUAUUGCCGAACAGAAAAAGAAUCAGAGUCUAACCAACGAGGAGGAUACAUUAGACGCCUUCGUUGCCAUGGGAGGCCAGCCUAAUGGAGAAGGGUACAUCGACGCAGAGAAACUGAUAAGAAUUAUUAAGAAUGAGUUCGAAAUGACCAUAGAUAUCGAGAAGCUUAUUAAUGAUAUCGACGAGGACGGUUCAGGUAAAAUAGAAUACGACGAAUUCAGAAAUCUACUCUCGUCCUCAGACUGA